AUGUCUGCUAGUGGAACUGGCAACGAGUUUGCAGAAGUCAAUGAGAAAACAAGUGGUGAAAUGGAGGACUUUGACUAUCCUAAAUCAUCGCAUGUUUUAGAAGCUAUUCAGGAGAAGAGUGAAGAGUUGGUUGAUGGUGACACAAGAACAGUGAAGGAAAAGGAGUCGGGGUUAGCUCAUCCCAUAAAGGAAGAAAUUGAAGAGAAUAUUGGAGAACCUCCUACUGAAAAGGCGACCAGGGCGUCGGAGGAGCAUCCACCUCAG